AUGCUGCAGUCUCCCACUGAGAGUAGCACGGACGGUGACCCUGGUGAACGGAGACGUCGACGUUUCCGAGAUGAAUUCACUUCGAGUACCGAUGCUGAUGACGAUAUCGACUCCAAUCUGAACGGGGCUUUGCCGGACUGGGCCCUCGAGGGCGCAGUGCGUCGAAGUUCGCGGAUACGAGAAGCCCGAGAGGGUUCUGUAGUAUCUGACAAGAGCGCAGGGGUCGAGACCUCGACAAGGAGGAAGCGUGGUCGGCCUAAGAAAAACUCUGCCAAGACUCCUUCUAAGAAGGCUCAAGGUCGAAGGGGCGCAAAUUCGGGCGACCGAUGGCCGCUGGACCACGAGGGGUCCUGGUUGACGUAUCUGCCGAAAUUUGUGGAGAAUCCUGCUGAUGCAUUGGAAGAAAUGAUAAAUGAAGUUCCGUGGGAACAAGGGAGAGUUAAGAUAUUCGGAAAAGAGCAUUUGGAACGGAGGCUGACUGCCUUCUAUGCUGAUGAUGGACAGCAGUAUAGAUACUCUGGAGGGCCCCUGAGGGUACCUUCACCGUGGAGGCGGGGUCCGAUCGUUAUAGACCGCUUAAGGAAGGCCGUGGGUGAGGCAUGUGGACAAGAGUUCAACUGUUGUGUACUUAACUACUACCGGGACGGGUCUGAUAGUAUUGGAUUGCACUCGGACGAUGAGAAAGUCCUUGGAGUGAACCCAUCAAUUGCGUGCGUGUCCCUUGGGGCCGAGCGAGACUUUGUCCUGGACGCCAAGAGGGAUAAGAAGAAGGUGCAGCUAACGCCGCGCAGUGGGUCGCUGUUGGUGAUGGGAGGCAGCACACAAAAGCUGUGGAAGCACAGUGUGCCGUCUCGAAAGAGGGAACACCGUCCGAGGGUCAGUCUCACAUUCCGCUAUGCAUUCUGGAAGAGCAAUUAG